CAGGGUUUUGAGGUUUUCAUUCGUCUAGAUCUGGCCGGAGCAGCGAAGAGAUCUCCCUAGAUCUAUGGGAAUCGUCCGGCAUUGAGUGAAUCGUCGAUCGCGAGCGGCUGAGGAGCUGAUCUAUCCGCCCGGCGAUUCCUUCCAGGUUUUUGUCUGAUCGUGUUUACGCUACAUUUCGCGAGAGAGCGCUCGCUCGACAUGUUAGCGCGAAUCGAAGGCAUCAAUUCUUCUGCUCGAUGAGAAAACUUCCCGGGAUUUCAAAUCGGCUUGCGCGGCAUAGCACUGAUUCUCCAGACCGUAAGGAAACUCUUACCGUGUGAGAGGAAAAUCAACGAUAGCAAUGAAGCACAUCCACGUUUUUUCUCUGGAGAUGAUCCAGAGGAUUGCCAGUAGCACCAUUUCCAUGGCGGCGGUGGUCACUUUAGCGCUGCUCCUCACGCUUCUCGCCAUUGGGUAUCAACCUCCGGAUCCAGUGUUCCAGGCCUCGAAGGUGAUGGACCAAGUUGUCUCCACGCUGAGAAACGCUACGUUUGAGAAGGAGGACACGGUUGUCGUCACGGGCGAAGACAUUCUAGCUCCAGUUCCUUCUCAAGCACCGGCAGAAAUCCUUGGGCCAGCGCUGGAGAAGAACUUGAGCGUCAGCGUUGGAGUUUGUGAUCCCGGGACGACGUUUAUCAAUUGCUCCGACCCAGAUGUUUUGGUCGCCAUCGAGUUGGCUAACGAGAAGAAGUUCCCCGACAUGGGAGUGUUCCAGUAUGGAGUUCCUGUUCGAGGCUCGAAGGAUUCGACGUGCGACAUAGCCUGGAGGUUCAAACCCAGGCAUGAGAAGUCUUUGCGGAUGUAUAGGGAUUACAGGGAGUACAAGCUGCUCGUCAACACAUCGUGCGACUACGUUGUCGAGAAGAUUGGCGGAUGGCACUCGGGAAAAAAUGCUUUCUUCCAGAGGGAUUUCGUCAAUGACUCGAUAUAUAACAGGUCAUUCAACACAUUCUGGAGCGGCAAGUAUUUAUACUACUCUCGGGGUGGCGACUACUGCAAGAGCAUGAACCAGUAUAUGUGGAGCUUUUUGUGUGCUCUAGGCGAGGCUCGGUAUCUCAACAGGACACUCGUGGUGGAUCUAGAGAUGUGCCUCGAGGGCAGCUACAGUCCCGAUCUCAAGCCGCAGGAAGGAAAAGAUUUUCGGCUUUACUUCGACUACGAGCACUUGCAGAAGAAAGCUGCUGUAGUCGAGCAGAAGCAGUUCCUAAAAAGGUGGCUGAACUGGAACAAGAAGCAUCCGCAGCACCCCCUGAGCUACAGGGUGGUGGAGGAUUUUAACGUCACUCCGAUGCACUUACGCAGCUUUGAGAACACUAUACUCUGGAGAAAAUUCGAGCAGCCCGAGCCAAACAACUACUGGUAUCGAGUUUGUGAAGGGGAGCCAGAGAAAGUUAUCCACAGGCCGUGGGAUCUCCUGUGGAAAUCCAAGCGGCUGAUGAACAUGGUCAACUCAAUCUGCGGGGAAAUGGAAUGGGACUUCGAUGCUGUUCACGUUGUCAGAGGAAAAAAAGCCGAGGACAAGGAGCGGUGGCCGAACUUGGACAGGGAUACAAUGCCGGAGGCGAUAAUGGAGAAGCUAGAAAAGGAAGUAGAGGAGGGCCGGACUUUGUAUAUAGCCACCAACGAGAGGCUCGAAGGUUACUUCGAUAAGCUGCGGGCCAAGUACCGAGUACACUUACUCAGCGAUUUUAAGAGCCUCUGGGGUCCGCACAGCCUUUGGUACAACCAAACAAUGCCUCUCACAAGGAACAAGCGAGUGGAGUUCGAUGGCUACAUGAGAGCGGAGGUGGACUCGGAGGUUUUUCUACGUGCAAAGAAGCGCAUUGAGACGUUUGGGCAUUUGACGAGCGACUGCAAAGAUGGUGUCAACACUUGUUAGGCUCCGCUACUAAGACUACUGCGAGGUACAUACUUCCCUUCUGUAUUUGCGAGUGUGCUUGCAGCGUGUCUUCACGUUCUUCUGUAAUGCAUGUCAUUUCAAGCAGUCA